AAAUGAAUCAUGAUGAGAGAGUUUUAACGAUUAUUGAAGCAAAGAAAGUGGAGAUUAGAAGGCAAAGCGUUUUGUAUAGAGAAAUCAGAAACAGAAAAUGAGAGGAAUCGGAGGCCCCCUCCUAUGCAUUGGAGAUCUCCUAAACGACGUUGGAGAAGAAGAUUUAGGAAACUCUUCUCAUUCUCUUUCGCAUCUAAACGACACCCCCAAUCCCGAUCCUCCUCCUGACCUCACCAAACUCUUCCAGGAAAACUACGAGCACUUGAAUUCCGCUCUCGCUGGCACCGAUCAUUCUUGGACCUCUCUCACAUUGAAGUUAUGCACUGCUCUAGAAACUGCGAACCAAUUGGUUCAGUCUACGAAUUCAAGUGUUGCAUCCUUGUUGGAGAAGGUUGAGGAGCUUCACAAAAUUGUUAAGAGGGGGGAUUCUGCAAUAGCUGCAGCAAAGGCGCUUUAUUAUGGUCCUGCCUCUAAGUGAAACAAGGAAAUUUUAUGUAUAGGGGCUUGAACCUUGAUUGAGCUACGUAUAUAGUUAUUAAAGCAAGUUUUGUGAAAGCUUGGUGCUACCUGCAUGAAGUAAUGUUUCGGAGUGAAAAUCCCACAUUGAAAUGUUAGUCCUAACAACGCAUAUCGGGAAAAUCUUCUCUAACGGGGAAAAUACUACUUCCAUUCAUGACCCCGUUUAUGAUGAACUUAAAUUUUAUUUAUCUAUGCACCGUUACGAAAAUCUUAUUUACCAUAGGUGUUUUAAACCUUUCUUUUUAUUUCAUUUUAUCUUUUCUAAGAUCAAGUGUACACCCUCACAUUAUUUGAGUAUGGACUAAUCCAUUAUCGUAUUUUGACU